GAUUAACACAGGUCCACUAACCUACUAUCUUUUUACAAAUCACUGAAGUCUGGAGUUACAGGCGGAGGGUAUUUGUCCUCAAGGUCAUUUGGCCAGAUUGUCCAUGUGGUUGUCAUUUCGCUACUUUCAGGCGUUUAUGUCGCACUAGCUGUCAGUUCAGUUCAUUUCAAUUCGUAGCAUGAAAAACAAUUUGAGUAUUUUUUACACGGAAGCUGCUUAUUUAGUUUGUCUAGUCAAAGGACAAGUUUGUCGAUUGAAAACUGGUUUGUAUACUAAUAAAUUUACAAGCAAUUUACGAAAAAUCUAUGCAUUAGCAUCAAAAACUCUUAGUUCCUAUGGUAUAUUACUUCAAACUCUUAAAAAAGCCAAUCUUCAACCAACAACUAAAAUUAUCCAUUUAUCUUCAAAAAACAAUCCUAACAAUAAUAAUAAUGAUGAUAAUAAUGUACAUGCUUGUGUUCAUUGUUAUUUGAUUGUUUUAAUUCAUGAUUUAUUAAAAGAAAAGAAAAUAUCUCAUCAUUAUCUACUUUCACAAAUUCAUGAAUUAACUAAAGAUUCUUUAGCUGUAAAAAAACUUCGUCAUGCUUAUCAAUCAGUUGAUAAAUCAUUCAAAUUACAAACUGAAAAUCAAAGACAAAAUAAAGGAUUACUUCCAUGUUAUGCUCGUGUCAAUUUCUUGAAAACUACACUAGCUGAUGUUAUUGAAAAGCUUGAAACUUGUGGACUUAAACAUGUGGAAUAUAAUCGAUCAGAAACUUCUUAUCGAAAAUUUCGUAAAAAAGUUUGUAAACUUGAUCGUGGUGAAUUCAUGUUGGAUUAUCAUCUCCCACAUCUACUGUUAGUAUUUCCCUCUGGUACUGCUUUACAUGAUUUAGAAUUGUACAAAUCUAGAUCUCUACUUAUUCAAGACAAGGCCAGUUGUUUCAGUCCGGAGAUUCUUCAACCAGAUCCAAAUUCAGAUGUUUUAGAUGCUUGUGCUGCUCCAGGAAAUAAAACAUUACAAUUAGUUUCUAUGUUGUCCAAUAAAUCUACCAUUUUCGCUGUAGAUCGUGAUCCAAACAGAUUUCGACGUUUUACUGAAAAUCUAAUUGUCAAUGGAGUAGAACGAUUGUCAAUAAUGGAUUGGUCUAAUUCUAAUAAACAAAAUAAUAAACAUAGAAAAUUUGUUCAAAGUUCACAACCAUCGGUUGAAGCGUAUUGUUCAGAUUUCUUAUCUAUAGAUCCAUAUAAUCCAAAAUUUUCCAAUGUUCAAUCAAUUCUUCUUGAUCCUUCUUGUAGUGGUUCUGGUUUAUCAAUUCGUCAACCAGAUGGUGGUGAACAAUAUGAAAAAUGCACAUAUAAAGAUAGUAAUAAUUAUACAGAUGAAUAUAAUGAAGAAUAUACAUCUCGUUUAAAACGAUUAUCGAAUCUUCAAGCUAUGUUAUUAAAACAUGCAUUAAAGUUUCCAAAUGUUCAACGUGUUGUCUAUUCAACUUGUUCAAUACACCCUGAAGAAAAUGAAGCAGUCGUACGUGAAAUUGUUGAUUAUGCAUCAGAUAAAUUUUAUUUAGAAACAAUUUGGCCAUAUAUUGCAUCAUCUUCUAAUUCUAUCAAUCAACCAAUAUGGAAACAUCGUGGUCUAUCUGAUAUAUAUCAAUGUGAAUCAUGUAUACGUUCAUCUGAAAAAGAUUUAACAAAUGGAUUUUUUGUUGCUUUAUUUAUAAAAUAUCAAUCAAAUAAUUCAUUGAAUGUUACAUCACCACCACCACCACCAUCAUCAUCAUCACCACCACCACCAUCAAUUAUGACUACUGAAUUAGGCGUACCUGGUAACUCAUCGUUGACAUCCAAUAAUAAUACACCAACUUCCAUUGUUGUUAAUUGUAAUAAUAAUGAAAAUAUUAAUUUGGAAAAACAAGAAUUAUUCACUUUUAAAAUACGAAAAAAAUGUAGAACUAAUCUUUAAGUGAUUACAUUUCUGUCAUAAAAUUGUAUUAUAUUUUGUAAAUUAGUAACUAUGACUAUAAUGUUGUAAUCUUAUAAUGUUUAAUUAAAGAAAAGAAAAGAACAUAUAAAUAGAC